AAAUUCCAGUAUAUACCAUUAAUUAUGGAAUUAGGGCUUUAGAAAGAAAUCCUUCCUUUUCAAACUGAUUCUCUCUCGUCCGAGGAUUCCCAACUGAAGAUGAAGCUCAAGCAAUUAGAAAGCCUCCUUGGCAGUCUUCAACAGUUCUCUAGCCCAAAGAUUGAACUAGAACAAUAUCCAACUGGUCCCCACAUCGCUUCUCGGAUGUUAUAUACAGCUGCGAAUACGUUUGGGGAUGUGAACAACAAGGUUGUGGCAGAUUUUGGUUGUGGUUGUGGUACAUUAGGUCUUGCAGCUACUCUAUUGGAUGCAGAGCAUGUAAUUGGCCUUGAUAUUGAUCCCCAAUCUCUUGAAAUUGCAGCAAUAAACGCUGAGGAUCUUGAGGUUGACUUGAAUCUAGUGCAGUGUGACAUCAGGAACUUAGGAUGGAGAGGUCCAAUCAUUGAUACUGUUGUCAUGAAUCCUCCAUUUGGAACCCGGAAAAAGGGGGCUGACAUGGAUUUUCUUUUUGUAGCUCUGAAGGUCGCUUCUCAAGCAGUUUAUUCCUUGCACAAGACAACAACAAGAGAUCAUGUGAAAAGGACAGCCUUGCGGGAUUACAAUGCUAGCAGUGCUGAGGUUAUAUGUGAGCUUCGAUUUGAUGUCCCACAACUGUACAAAUUUCAUAAGAAAAGGGAGGUGGAUAUUGCUGUGGACUUAUGGCGUUUUGUUCCGCGGAGAAAUCAAGGAAAGUGUUUAUGACAGCAUAUCAAGACUGUGUGUAUUAAAAGUGAGCGAAUUCAUGUGAUAUUUAGCGAAAUGGAACUGUAUCUUUUCGGCAUAGUGGAGUAAAUCCGUGAUCGAUUCCUACCUGUUCUCAGGUCUGAAUAAUUAAUUAUGGGCAAGUA